CCACCGCACACUACUAGACAUACUACUUACUGAAACCAGAUCCCGAGGCCGAUUCUCCGCGCCAUCUGCCAUUUUUCCGAAACCGAAGGCCUUCGUGCUAGAGUAGCAUGCCGCCUCGGAAACGCAUCGUCACCGUUCCAAGCAGCAGCGAUGCGGAGGUCCCAAUUCCCUGGUCGCCCAGCCCGGAGCGUGAGCCUCAGCCCAAACCCGUGGCAAAGCGCAAGCGAAACACGCGUAAAAAUGCGGAGGACAACGACGAGGGCUCUCCUAAGAAGCGUAAGCGCGUCUCGCGCAAAACUCCGGUGGAUCAAGACGAGGCUGCAAAGAAACCCAAACGGAACUCUCGCAAACGCCUAGACCCAAACCAAGAAGAGCUGGAUUUCUUGGCAGAGGAAAAGAAGAAAUCAAAAUAUCGUAUUCACGAGCCCGAUCGGGCUGCGGCUUUGGACGACAUGUUCUUAACUCAGCUGCCACAGGAUGAGUCGCCUCCAUGGAAAAUACGCGGUCCCGUGUGGCAAAAGCAAAAAAGCCAAUCGCGACCUCCUCCGCCUCCCGUCUUCCAAAAACCACCGCCGAAACCCUCAACAAAGCCUUCAAGACCUUAUUACGUUGAAAAAUCACCGUCUGGGCCGCCUGUGCCUUCAAAUCAAUCAUUUGGUUCCACAUCUUUCAGUAAGCCGCCACCCAAGCCUCCAGCGACAACGGCGCAUCUCCAGGAAGAACCCAGAUCGCCAGCGAAACCUAUAAAUGGCAUAGCUAGGCUGCCUUUUUUAUACAGUUCACCAAUCAGCCCUUUCAAGGACGAAGCAAACAGCAUCGUUUUUAAUAGUUCCCCUCCUAGCCCUCAGGUUUCUGUCCGCAGUGGGACCGUAUCCCACAACAUUAUCUUGUCUCCUAAGAAUAAGUCAAACGACAUUGAAAAAGAUGUCUUUGUAGAUGAAGCUGUGCCUUCUUCUUUACCAAAGCGACCAAAACCAGUGCAAGAUAUCCCUGUCGUCGAGAUUGACGACGACGACUUUGAUGACAGUGUCAUGUUUACUCCUCCAUGCGCGAAACCAGAACAAACAAAAAAUCCCCCGGUGCGGGGUAAUGCUGCGGAUAAGCUCGUUCCAAAUGGUGUAACGGACCUUAUAGACGAUUCCUUUGGAGACUUUUUGGAAGAUGGCAUUGAAGAUUUUCUCCCAUCGGUAGCUCUAAAUCAUCCGGCCAAUGGUUGGCCAACGGGUGACGCCCCUCCUUUGCGGAACACUCCAACCUAUGACGUUGAGAAAGAACUAGCAGAUCUUCCCUCAGACGCCUUUUCAUCAUCCAUGUCUUCAUCAUCCCAAAAUAGAUUGGAGGAUGGCGCGGUCGACGACCGUUGUAUCUCGCCACAAACUGACGUUGUGCAAUCGAGGCCGCAGGCCCUUGCCGCGCCGCUUACCGGGCUUCGGCAAACCACGCUUUUUGGGAAUGCAGGUGCACCAAUUGCAUCGUCUCAGGUUAAUAAACGCCACAACUGGCCGCUAGCUAACCGGGAAGAACCCCCGACUCAUCACAAACUAGAUCUCGAAGCUAUGAAAACCUGGGUGUACCCCACAAACCUUGGCAUUAUACGAGAUUAUCAGUAUAACAUUGUCCACCGUGGUCUCUUCCAUAACCUCCUUGUUGCUCUCCCCACGGGCCUUGGAAAGACGUUCAUUGCCGCUACCAUCAUGCUCAAUUGGUUUCGGUGGACGAAAGAUGCACAAAUUGUCUUCGUCGCUCCGACAAGGCCUUUAGUAGAGCAGCAGGUUGAGGCCUGCCUUGGCAUUGCUGGAAUCCCUCGGAGAGAAACGGUAAUGCUGACGGGCGAGGUAUCACCUGCGAUACGAGCAGAAGAAUGGGCAAGUAAACGCGUCUUCUUCAUGACGCCGCAGACCAUAAUAAAUGAUCUCAAGACUGGCUACUGCGAUCCGAAGAAGAUUGUACUUCUCGUCGUUGACGAAGCCCAUAGAGCAACGGGAGCCUAUUCUUAUGUUGAGGUUGUCAAGUUCAUGAGACGUUUUAACAAUAGUUUCAGGGUAUUAGCUCUCACUGCUACUCCGGGUGCGGACGUUGAGACAGUUCAAAAAGUCAUCGACAACAUGGAAAUCUCCAAAGUCGAAAUACGGACAGAAAAUUCUCUCGACAUACAGCCAUUCAUCCACAAGAGAAGCAUCGAAACCAAGGUUUUCCGCAACAACAAGGAUAUGCUCAUUUGCAUGGAUCUCUUCACUAGGGCAGUGCAACCUGUUCUGGAUAGGCUGAACCAGCAAAAUGCAUAUUGGGCCAGAGAUCCCAUGAAGCUCAGUAACUACGGCGUCAGUCAGUCCAGGACCAAAUGGUUUCAAUCUGAUGCUGGGCGCAAGGCGUCUCAACCCUUGAAAGGCAUGGUCGUGGCACUGUUCGCAGCUCUGCAGGGUCUGUGCCACGGAGUCGAUCUGCUCAAGUACCACAGUAUACGACCCUUCUACCAGGCGCUCAUCGAUUACAAGAACAAUGCCAGCAAGAAGUACCAACGCGAGAUCUCUGACAGCCCACACUUCGAGAAGUUAUUGAGUACGUUGCGUGAACGGACUGCAAAUCCGGAUUACAUGGGCCAUCCAAAAUUGGAAUGCCUUCGACAGGUGAUCCUCAACCAUUUCAUGGAUGCCGGUGAGACUGGGCCGCCGCGCGAAGGGCACGAUUCACAUACGAGAAUUAUGGUUUUUGCGCAGUGGAGAGAUAGUGCGGAAGAGAUUUGCAGAGUACUAAAGCUGAACGAGCCGAUGGUUCGACCGCAUGUCUUUGUCGGCCAAGCAGCGACGAAGAAAUCAGAAGGUAUGGUCCAGAAACGCCAGAAGGAAGUCGUGGAGCAAUUUAAGACGGGUGUCUACAACACAUUGGUGGCGACAUCAAUCGGCGAAGAAGGACUCGACAUCGGCGAGGUCGAUCUCAUUGUUUGCUACGAUCAAGGAGCAUCUCCCAUCCGCAUGUUGCAACGCAUGGGUCGUACGGGGCGAAAGCGUCAGGGCAAAAUUGUGCAGUUGCACAUGGAAGGAAAAGAACAGACUGACUCCGAGAAAUCGUGGGACUCCUACAAGAGGAUGCAAGAAAAAAUUGCCAGCGGAGACGAGUUCAACUUUCACGACGACCUCGCACGGAGAAUUGUGCCAAAGGAGAUCCAGCCGGUGGUGGACAAAAGGUUCAUUGAGAUUCCGAUUGAGAACACGCAGUUGGAUUCCGUUGAACCAAAAAGGCGAAAGGCUGCCAAGCGGCCGCCGAAAAAGUUCCACAUGCCGGAUGGAGUCCGCACGGGCUUCACAUCAGCAUUGCGGAUGGGCGAUGACGAUGAUGAUGCGGCAGAAGGUCGACCUCGCGCAAGGACGAAAGCGAAGAAAGCGGAUCCUGGGAACGAACCGGUACCUAUAGUGACACUGGAGGAGGUGACGCUCAGUAAAAAAGAAUUGAGCAAACUCGAGCGGCUAUAUCAAAACAUCCUCGACACCGACGAUGAUAAAGAGAUUACAACUCCAUUGUUGCAUAAACACCCCGAGCGUCAACGGCGAAAGGGCAAGACGAGGUACUUGGCCGGCCACGGUAGGCUCACAAAAGCGUUCAUCUGUAUGGUUAACCGCAUGCACGAUGUGGACGAGGCUCGCGUAAACGAGUUUAGAAGCAAUGUGCACAUGUCCGACAUUGAAGACGGCGCAUCAGCAGACGACCUGUCUGAAGCCGGCAUGGAAGACAUUGAAGAGGAAGCAGAGGCAUUCUAUGAGACGCCAGCACACUCUCGGUUCCGCGUAGACAUGGUAGGCGAGGGAGAGGAGAGUAGCCCGCCGCCCACAGACCCGCGGAUGCGCAUCCGCUCUCAGGGCAUCACGCUCGGGACAUCGGACACGGAGGGCGAAGACGAGAUGGAGGACUACCGGCUCGACUCGGAACUCGCGGACUUCAUUGUCGACGACGAGGAGCAGACACGGGCGCCGAGCUCAUCACUGCCGUCAAUCCAGUACAGCUCGAGGAAACCGUCUCGGCUUUCUAAGGUGCAGCGAGUGGAGUCUGACUCGGACGAUGAUGAUGAGCUGCCAGACAUUAGUUCGCUGGUACAACGGAAGAAGAGCCCGGUUGGGCGAGAGACGGUGGUUGUGGAUAGCGAUGAAGCAGAGACGACACGGCGGCAGCAGAAGAGGCGACGUAUGGUAGUUUCAGACAGCGAGAGCGAAUGACAAACUCAUGAUUGGGG